GUUCGCGGUCAUGCAAGACCAGAACCAACCAAGCGUCCCAAAAAAAAAAUCUCUUACCACAGAAGCAUUAUUCCCAGGCGGUAGAUUUCCAGACCGCGUCCCUUGAAGCACGAACUAUCCAAACCAAGCUACAAGUGUGGAGUGCUCCAGAUGCAGGAUCCGAAACAGCCUGUGAAAAUCUGAACGAUAUAUGCUAGGACCUUAUGGCGAACGCAUAUUCGUAAAAGAUGACCAAUACCCACCCGGCUUCACGCUAGAAAAUCGAUUGCAAAUGCUGAAAUGCAUGCAAGGACAAGAAGGCCGUUUGAUUAUCAAACUCAUUUCCAAGAAUAAAUAAAUGCAUUCCUUCUAACUCUGCGUGUGCCUAAUUUUCGUUAAGUAAAAGUAUCUAUUAUGCACAACCACUAUCUGAUAAAGUCUUACAAUACCUAUUAUUUUCUAACUCAAAAUAGGAAAAAUGCCGAAUGGUCUCUCCAAAAAUACAGCCAGUAAAUGUUUGUACGUUUAAUUUAGCAUGGGUAUUUCGGAGUGCACGCGUCCUUGUGUGGGGCAUGCAUGCAAGCACUAUUCUAUGGAUGGACACCUCCCUCUCUAGAAGGCCCACUUUUUUAUAUAUAUUUAGGUAACGCUUGCCUAUUUUGUAAGCCGACACGUAGCAAGUACGUGUCUCUUUGACGGGGCAUCCUGUUAAUCUCUCCUACUGCUUAAACACUAUAAAUAAGGGAGGUUCCCUUCUUCUGCAAUCAGUUCCUAUAGUUACUAAACCAUCAAAGCAUGCUCCACGGUCUCUGAGCACACACCAAGAUGGACUUGCCUCUCCUGAAAGAUAUCAACAAGCAAUCAUUUAGAUGGAAAGUUAUGGCCAGGAUCGCAAGAGUCUGGGAGCUCAAAAGAAAAGACACAGGAACUACCUAUGAGGUGGACUUCCUGCUGCUUGAUCGACAGGGUGGCACAAUGGAAAGUUUGAUUCCAGAGAAGAGAAUGGCCCAAUUUACGAAGCACAUCACCGAGGGAACAAUUUAUACAAUUGAGGACUUCAAUCUAUAUGAUGCCAAGAGCAAGUUUAGAUCUUCAGAUCACCCCCUCAGGGUAUGUUUCACAUUUCGCACUAAGCUUAAAAAAGUGGAGCCCCAACCCGUGAAUUUCCCAAUAUUUGCCCACAACGUCAGGCCAUUCUCUGUUCUGGAAGCACGUGCUGAUCAGAACUUCAUCUUAUCAGAUGUUAUUGGAGUAAUCGUGCAAGUCACAGAACUCUUGCCAGGCUCCAGCGCAAACCCUGAUGAGCGCUGUCAGAUCUACAUCACUGAUGGAAACCAGCGGGCUGUGGUGACACUUUGGGGGACACACGCCACUACUUUCAACGCCGCGGGCCUCGUGGAGAGCUCUGCCACGCAGCAUAUCGUUGCUCUUUUUGUAGGUGUUACAGUGAGUCACUAUUCAGGUUUACUCGCUUUCAAAUCGACAUCAGUGACCAAAUUAUAUGUCAACAUCCCAAUACCAGAAAUGGAGACCGUCAGACACAACGUGACAGGUAUUCCAUCCCAGAUUGAAUGGUUUGGUAACCAUCGAGCAAGAAAAGAGCCGGUAGAUGCAAGAAUAGCAGAAAUUGCUGAGCUUGAACCCAACCACAUCAUGGACGAACGCUACAGAUUUUCAAUUCUUGUCACUGAAGUUAUCCUAUCCAAGUGACUGGUGGUACAAAAGUUGCAAAGACUGUCGAAAGAAAGUUCAAAUGGAAGGCGACACGUAUAAAUGCUCACGUUGCAUCAGCACUGUUCCUAUGCCGAGAUACAAAAUAUCACUGAAUGCCAUCGAUGCAGACGCAAAAAGGCACGAAGACUCGCCAUUUGCUCGGUUCAUAUUUUGGGGCCAGCAGGGAGAAAUCCUCACAGAAAAGCAAGUACUGAUUUUAGUAGCAGAAGCCAACAGCAGGGCGGAGUAUACGCCACCCGAACUGACCGGUUUGGUUGGCAAAAAAUUUACUGUCAUUGCAACACGUACUAGAGACUCCCUCGACGGAGAGCAUAUGUUCUACCAGGUAGAAAGUACCGAACCAUUGUUCGAGCCAGCAAACCCAGAGAAUGCUCAACCACCGACCGAAGAAACACAGGGUGAAAAUGAAUCACAAGACAACACGCUUGAGGCCACACCCCCGCCUUCUCCUUCUGCUGCAAAGGAAGAAGAAAACGACUCAACAGGCAAGAGAAGGAAACGCAACGACCACCUUUCCAAUAAAAACAAAAGAGGAACAAAGAAAGACCUAUUCGGUCAGCAGCCAGCCCAUGCUGGCACCGGCAAUGCUACACGUACAAACAGUUUACAGGCUUUUACAGGUGGGUUAGUUUUUAUUGGUCAACAAGUGAGCGGGACGGCCCACCCCCCUGAAAAUCAGGGGGGAAGAGGUUUGUGAUUGGUUGUUAGAUGGAAAGAGCUUGUAAAAGCUUGUAAAUCUUUGUAUGUCUAGCAUUUUUGCGCUGGCACCGAGUACACCGACCAGAACUAGGCACCCUGUAUGGCGUAAAGCACGCGAAGAGAAGGACUAAUCAACAAGACAAGGAACGGAUGCAUGCGAGCUUAAAAAAAAAUUCAGCACCCUUUAGCUUUUCCCCUCGCGUGCAGAAUAAAAAAACUUAGACUCCUCCUGCUUUUCCUGCUCUUGUGUAAAAUAAGAAGGCUCUUCAUGCCUUCGGUCCUGUAGCAUGGAAUGCGUUUAAACUGCCUUAGAUUCUGUAGCAUGCAAUGCGCCUAGCCUGCCAUGGGUCCUGUAUCAUACAGUGUGUUUAGACCAUGUAACGUGAAUAAAAAUCAAGUAGCCAAUGGAAGCUUUAUCUCUC